GUGGUGGUGAAGGAAGAAGUCGUCUUCUUGUCUUCUUUUUCUUUUUCUUGCCUUGUCCAAGCAUCAGUCUUUGAGAUGGUGAAUGAAGCAGCCCAAGCAGAGGCCCAGCAGCGCUCAAGCCCCUUUGUGGGAAGCGAACAGCCACCCUGCUGCUUCAAGCUCUCAUUAUGGCGGGUAUUGGCAACUCCAUGAAUCGCUUCCGGGUGCGUCCAGCUGAGCCGCAGGACUGCCCUGAAAUCCUGCGUCUCAUCAAAGAACUGGCUGCUUAUGAAAACAUGCCUGAAGCAGUAAAAAUAACAGAAACAGAUUUACUUCGAGAUGGUUUUGGAUCACAUCCCUUUUUCCAGUGUUUAGUAGCAGAGGUAUCAACGGAAAAUGUAAUGCUAGAUGCUGGCAUUGUAGGUUUUGCUAUGUAUUACUACACCUAUGAUCCUUGGAUUGGCAAGCUGUUAUACUUAGAAGAUUUCUAUGUUAUGGAUGCCUAUAGAGGCUGGGGCAUUGGAACGGAACUUUUAAAAAAUUUAAGUCAGAUCGCGAUCGAUUCCAACUGUAGCUGCAUGCACUUUCUUGUUGUGGUUUGGAACAAGCCAUCGAUCGAGUACUAUAUGAGGCAUGGGGCGUCCGAUCUUUCCACCGAAGAGGGAUGGCAUCUCUUCCGAUUUGAUAAAGAACAUCUAGUCAGAAUGGCUGCUGGAGAAUAAAAAGGAAGUAUCCCUCCCCAGGUGGAGUGCCAUCAGCUCAUCAGCCACAAGGAAACAUCUAGCUAAAACUGUCGUUCUAAAGCAGGCAAAUACUAGCAACAGAAAUUAAAAAGAAGCUUGCCUGUUUUAUGACUGGCAGUAGUUUGA